AUGCCUUCAGAAAACAACUUGAAUUAUCUAUUCAUUAAACGAUUCAUCCAACUUUUUCGUGCGAUUUUGUCGAAUUCUUCAGAUUUCAAUGGACAUUUCUAUUCGCAUCCGUUGACCCUGAUACUGUUAAUAACAGUAAAUCAAAUUAGUUUACAAUUUGUCAUUUAUUUAGUUGGUUUACUCCCAUCGGAGUAUAAUUUUCAAUUAGGCAAAUCACCAAGUGAACGUAAUCUAUCCGAAUUUCAUUGGUUAAUCAUUCGUUCGUUUCUCUACGUUACAAUAAAUGCACUUUUAAAAUCUUUUUCAACAUUUUUAUCGUCCAUACUAUCCAUCCAAUGGCGGACAAGACUCAUCAUCUAUCUACAUUCAUUCUACUUCAAACAACAACGUUUUUACCAUAUGUUACAUCAUUCGACUUCUUCCGAUGAAAAACAAACUGUUGACAAUCCCGAUGAACGUAUAACACAAGAUGUUGAUUCGUUAUGUCGAUCGCUUUCAACCAUAACGCCUCUUCUACUUGUUUCGCCAUUUACAAUUGCGUUUUAUAUUUACCGUGUGUGGAAAGUAACUGGGUAUUAUGGUCCAUUGGGAAUUGUCGUUUAUUUCUUUCUUUGGACAGGAAUUAAUCGCAUUUGUAUCUCUGCUGUUUCACGAACGAUAUUUCGACAGAAUAUUUUCGAAGUUUUUCAUUUAUACGAUCAUUUAACAACACUUGAACUUGUUCAGAAAAUAGGCGAGACUAUAUUUGUUAUUGGCUAUUUAAUCUUUUGUUUUAAUCAAUUAAAUGAUACUGCGAGUGACGUAGCAAUUAUCGCAUCGAAUACUCAUCGUGUACAAUCAUUUAUUGAAUGUAUGAAAAAUAACAGUGUAGAUCGUUUCGAAACACAAAUCGAAGAAGAUGUGUUGCAUCAUGAUGAAGUUCUUCUCAUUCGGAAUCUUUCCUACACUCUUCCGAAUAAUGAGCAAAUGAUGCUGAUGAACAAUUUGAAUUUAACAUUAUAUCCGCAGCAGCGUUUAUUAAUUACAGGAGGUAGUGGUGUUGGUAAAACAUCAUUAUUUCGUGUUCUGCAUUCUUUAUGGCCAACGAAGUCGAAUGGAUUGUUUUCAUACAAACCUGAUCAAGCUUACUUACUUCCACAACGUCCCUAUUUUACCAAUUGUUCUUUGUAUGAUGAACUUCGUUAUCCUCAUGUUGAUAGGUAUAUCGGUCAAACGCAAAUCGAACAACUACUCAACGAAUGGAAACUUUCACAUGUUUUGAAUUGUGUUCAAGGAGAUGUUUAUCAAUGUUCAAAGCAGCUUUGGCAAGAUUUAUUGUCAUCUGGUGAAAUACAACGUCUAUCAUUUAUACGAUUACUUCUUCGCCUCACUUCAAAUGAACCUCCACGUGUUAAUCUGAUAUUUCUAGAUGAAAUUACUUCAUCUGUUGAUGUUCGAACGGAAAUGAGUAUAUACAGUUGUUUGAUAGAUCAAAAUUUGACGAUGAUUAGUAUUGGACAUCACGAAUCACUUCGACAAUAUCAUCAACUUGAACUCGAACUGUUCGAAAAUGGAAAUUAUAUUAUCAGAAAUAUUUGA